UUUUGUCUUGGUAAUACUUUAUUCCAUUUUGCUAUUAAUUUUCAUAUAAAAGAUGGCAACGAGUCUUCGGAAGAGCAAGUGGACUUAAAUCAAACACAAAUUACGGAGAAUGUAGAGGCACAAAAUUUCCAGGCCGAGAAUGCAGAGACAACACAAUUUCAAGUUACAACAUCAGGUUAUAGUGCAGAUCUCCUUUCUGCAAAACAGCAACUGGAUGAAACACUCGACAUGAAACUGCAAGAGACAAGAACAGCCGUACAAGGUUUCAAUAAAGAAAUUUCGCACUUGACUGGACGCAGCGAUACAAUAGCUGCUAAAGUUAAACUUACCACACGUUACCUAAAUAAGUUAUUAAGAGGGGCUAUCAUUCGAACGGGUACCACAGCGGAUGCUAUCACAAUAAUUGUGGCAGCUGGCGAUAAUGAAACAGAUAUAAAAUUAGAUAUCUUAAAAGAUUUUCUAAAACUUGUAAGCGACCUGAAAGUUGCCACUGCUGAAGGUGGUGAAAGAUCAAUGGAGUUUAUGCUGAUUAAUUUGCUACUUACAAGGCAUAAAUUGACAAGUUUAGAGUCAGAGGUGCGCCAAGUCAUAGAUGACGCUAGUGAAAAAAUAAAAAUAAUAAACGAAUGCGAUAAUAUUUUAAAAAACCAAUCUGGCAAGUGCGAGUUUUAGAAAAGAUCUGUUCUAAAAUAUUAUUGAUUGAUGUUUAAAAUAUAAAUAUAAAAUAAUAAA